CUUUGAAACUUUAGGGUUUUUGGUGGCGGUGGGAUUUCUCCUUUGGGUCCCUCUCCGAUUUGUGGAGCCACCUUUCCUUUCCUUCUCCACUGCUUCCCUUCCCUUUUCUACCGCAUAUCCUUGAUUCCUCUUCCUCCAAUUUCCCUUUUGCUUUGUUUGCAAUACUCUAAAACUGGGGCACAACCUUGGAUACCGAGGGCUGUUGAUCUAGUCCAGGGUGUCGAUUUAAUCUCCUUGCUGGUGGUGGUUAUGGAUGAUCUUGAUCUAUUAGAUGAAACCUUUAUUGUGAAUACAUAGUAUCUAGCUGGCAACAAGAUGGUAGGAAACCAAGAGCGUUAUGAGACUAUUGUUAAUGGAGCAAGCCAAGCAGAGGGACACAAUGAUAAUGUUACUAGAGAUCUGGAGGCAAAUGCAAGCCAAAUGGUAGGGCACCAUGCUAAUGGUGUGGGAGAAAUUGCGAAUAAAAUAGCUCAACCCCUUACUUCUAUUGUAAGAGAAAUGGCUUUGACAGGAAAUAUGGAACAUACUGAUGGCUUGCCAGGUUUGAUGCAGGACCAAUUAGUGGAGAUACCUUUGACCUUGGGUUUUGAUGGUAUUGAACAGUUAACAAGGAAAGGAUAUGGUGCAAAAGGAGGUUGGGACAAAUGGAAACGAAUAGGGCAUGAGGGAGGGUUGUUGGUGCAUAUGGAAAACCUUAAUCCAAGAAAAAGAAAGGGUAGUACAGUAAGUUUGGGGGAACAAAGGGCUACCAAUGUGCUAUUAAAUAAUAUAGGAGUGACUAUGAUUCUUGAGGAAGUAGAGGACACUACUUUGGCCUUGCAGGUGGAUAAUUUUCAUCCAUUUGCAGGUUAAAUAUCAAUUAUGAAUGGACAAGCAUUGUAGUGCCAGGAGACACUACAUCGCCAAGUCCACUGAUCUCCCAUGCUAGGUUUGGAUGGUCUAAUAGAUGUGAUUGCCAACA